ACGACGACGAUGAUGAUGAUGAUGCUGCAUCCACCACAAGUAGUAAUUGUAACCAAGUAGCUUCCACAAGUUCCUUUUCGGUCUAUCCUUGUAGUAAAUGUUAUAAAGACCUUCAGCAAUGUGAUUUAACUCUUCCCAGUUGUAGUCGUUGUGCUGGUAGCGAUUUUCAAUGUGUCUACCUCAAGACUGAACCCAAGGCAAAUCAUGUUUCUCAAGUACUCAACACCAUGAAUAAAGUAAUGGAUCAAUGGCAAGAAUCCAUAGAUAAAAUGGCAAAGGAUUUUGCCCAAAAGACCCGAGAUUUUGGUCAAAGAGUCGACCAAUCCUUCAAGAAGACACCUUUGCUUCAACCAUGUGCUUGGAAAAUCACUACAACUCAUAAAGGCCUCUUGGUCGAAAGCAACGUAAAUUCAUUCAACGAUUUGUCCAAAUUAGUGGACCAGUUUAAGCGCACGAUGCAUAUCUCUCCCCGUGAUGCCGAACAGGUCAUGGAAGACGAGAAACUUCAAAUGGAAGAUCACGAUACAAGCUCCAUUCAUACCUCCUCAGGCUUCUCCUUUGGUGUCUGGAAUGCAGUACCUCAAACCUCAAGUGUCUUGCCAGACGAUUAUCCCGUAGAUAUCUCUCCAGAAUUAACAGACAGUCUCGUAGAUUUGUACUGUAGAACGCCUUGUUGUUCUGCUAUUCGUCUGCCCAUUAUCGAUACAACCGAUUUCUUAAUAAGGUACCAUCAUCCAGAUCCCGCAAAGAAACCUUCAGACGUACUCAUAUAUGCAGUAUGCGCUAUGGCAGCUAGAAAUGCAUUUCAAAUGCAUGUCUGGAGUAAACGUCCUGCCCAUGACACUCCACAGUACAAUAUGGGCAAAGCUCUCUCCAUGGCCUAUUGCAUCAAAGGACGCGAAGAAUUAGCCGAUUGUUUCGAUACACCAACUAUCGAUAAUUGCCAAGCUGUCUUCUUAUUAUCUUAUUGUAACCAUCAAAACGGACACAAUGGCGUGAAUUUUGUCUAUGAAUGGAUUUGCUUCACCAUGGCACAGGAAAUGGGAUUAUAUGACGAAGGACGUGAAUUAAAUACAAAAGAAAGUAUCCUCGUCUGGUGUUUAUAUUACUAUAAUACUUGGUAUCGUGUGCUUCAAGGUAGCUCAAAUACGUCACCAGCAGAACUAGAACAAUUACACCCUAGCUCUCCGUUACCUCCACCACAGCCGAAACCUAUCAUGGAUUUCUUUAUGGACAUCGAUUUAGCUGGUCCACCACAGGAAAUGAUUGAACAUUAUAUCUAUACAGAAUGGUACUGCAUGAUUCAGCUCCAAGUACUUCGUCAAGAAUGUAUGAGUAGACUAUUAACAUCACAGGCAGCGGGGAAACUAGAUACAACCUUAUCCAAAGAUUUACUCGUGAUGCAAGAUAAACUCCAAGUAUUUUAUGAUGGUUUACCUGCCGAAUGGAAAAAUCCCGAUAUUGAAUCGAUUGCGUUAGAUCAGAUGGCUUCUUUUGCGCCUGAAGCUUGUUGUAUCAGUAACAGUUUUGACCUUGUACAAGAAGAAAAUUCAUACUAUCAUGUAGAUAUUCAUGAAUUUGCGAGAUUUUGUGUAUUGGGUGUUCAUGUGUAUUAUAAUAUCAACAAAAUAUUGUUGUAUCAAGCAUUUAUCCCUCCAGAUCACGUACCUACCUCGCCCUUCUCUCUGAAAUGCCUAUACACCUGUAUUGACGCUGCCUACGCAAUCACCCAAACACUGGAUAUCAUGGUCAAACAUCACGAUGAAUGCAAUAUCCCAUUACUCGGGUUCCUUUUUGCCAAUAUGAUUUACAUCAAACUCAUCAACUACAACGACAAUCAAUACUCAGAAUUCGCCAGACGAUGUCUCCAACAGUCUGUCAAUAUCAGUAAAUUGUCCAAGGCUUAUCUUUAUGAUUUUGAAAUGACUAGAAAUUUAGUCGGAGCCAUGACUCAAGAUGUGCUAAAUGCUUGUGGUCCUACCGCCCUAGUAGAUGAUCCAUUCGCCAUCCUCUCACCGCCUCCUUUUAUUCCACAACCUUACUAAAUAAUUCCCACGCGUACCCCCAACUCAUGUGUGGCUUAAUACUGUUUUUUCUUUAUAUAUACUCUAUCUAAUUUUUUGUGUUUUAUAAAGCGUCCUCUUAUCUAAUAAAUAUUUAAUGCUUGUUUCAUAUAACUCAAUACAACAAA